AUGUCGCACCAAAAUGAUGAUCUAGCCUAUGGUGGCUACUACGACUCCUCCCGAGGUUCUGGUGAUACCUCCCGAGGCUUCGGAGAUACCUUCAAGAAGCUUCGCGAUACUUACAAGAGCCACUCGAGCUCGUCACAGGCUCAGCCCUCGGGCCAGUCUGGCCAGCCCUACAACCAAACCUCCAACCAACCCGCAUCUCAAGGGCAGCAGCAGACAUACCAGAACCAGAAUCAGCCCCCACAGCAGUACGGAUACAGCAGCCAAGCCCCCGAUUCUCAAUACCAGCAAUCCGGAAAGCCCCAGAAGCAAGAUAAAUUUUCCGGAUUUCUCGGAAAGAUUCAAGGAACCGUCGCUGAGUACGGGAAUGAGUGGGCAACCAAGGUCGGCAAUGUUGUUGACCCUCAGGCUUAUGCGCAAUAUGGCCAAACUCAGGCUACCACCCAGCACCGCUUUGACAGUUUUGCGCCCCCGAGAGAGCACAAUGAUGUGAAGUGGUAUGUUGACGGCUGCAGCUAUUUCUGGGCCGUGUCCCGGGCGCUUGAGAAUGCGCGAGAAUCAAUCUGGAUCUUAGAUUGGUGGCUCUCCCCCGAGCUGUAUCUGAGACGGCCACCUGCCAAGAAUGAAAAUUACCGAUUGGAUCGUAUGCUUCAGGCUGCGGCCCAGCGUGGUGUCCGUGUGAACAUCAUUGUCUACAAAGAGGUCACUCAAGCCGCGACUCUUUCCUCCGCUCACACCAAGCACGCCUUGGAGGCUUUGCAUCCGAAUAUCGCUGUUUUCCGCCAUCCUGACCAUCUUCCCAAUGGACACGAGGUCGCAUCUGAGAUUGAGAGCGCAUUCCAGCAUCUGACGCUCAACUCGACCAAUCUGACCCAGAUGAGCAAGGAGAACUUGAACCGUGUUUAUGGCGCAACAGAUGAGGCCACUCUCUUCUGGUCUCACCAUGAAAAGCUAUGCUUGAUUGAUGGACGAACUGCCUUCAUGGGAGGUCUUGAUCUGUGCUUUGGUCGCUGGGACACUCAUCAGCAUGCAAUUGCUGAUGUGCACCCAGAGGAUCUGAAUGAGACCGUCUUUCCGGGUCAGGAUUACAACAACUCGCGCGUUCUGGAUUUCCAUAACGUCGCAGAGUGGGAGAAAAACCAGCUGGAUCGACGAGUUUCGUCUCGCAUGGGAUGGUCUGACAUCUCUAUUAGUAUGCAUGGUCCAGUUGUGGAGGACCUACGCCGACACUUCCUCGAGCGCUGGAAUUUUAUUUAUGAUGCCAAAUACCAGACUCGUAACAACUCGCGUUACGCCAGACUUGCGCUUUACGGCCAAGCAGCUCCUCCAACUGGUCAGCAGCAACAGCAGCAACAGCAGCAACAGCAAGGUGGCACCCAGCAGGGCAACCUGUACCCGUCGGGACAAGCAAGUCCCCAGACCCAGCAGCCACCCCAGCAGAAUUUGUCUUCUCAGUUUGGAGCCGCGGCGCAGACCUCUAGUCAGAACCAACAGUCUCAGCCUUCUUGGCAGGCUGUAAUCGCUCACCCAUCUGCACCCCAAUCGUCUGCUAGCCCGCACCCUCAGCAGCAACAGCAGACACAGGCGCAAUACCAGCCGGGUAGUUACCCUCCUCAUCCGAGCCAGACUCCUGUUCAGAGUCAGACACCACAGAGCCAAGCUCCAUCUUGGCAGGCUGGAGUUGCCUCACAGACUGUGAAUCAAUCACCUGUCAGCCCGCAACCCCAGCAGCAACAGCAGCAGGCGCAUGCGCAGACCCCAUACCAACAGCAUCAACCUAGCACUUAUCCUCCGGCUCCCAGCCAAGCUUCAGGACACAGUGAUUAUCAACAGACCCCGACUUCGACUCAAUCUUGGCCAUCGGAGAAGGCUGACUAUCCUCACCCUGGACAGUCUCACACGCCGUCCAACACUCAAAGCCCACCGCCAUACUCCAGUGCAGUUCCAGGCCAGGAUCAUGGAUCGCACCAGUACUCUUACACUGGAGACUCCUUCCCUCCACCUCCCCCUGGCCCCGUGCCCACUCAGUCCUCUGGCAAUACAUCCUACUCUCCCCAGCCCCAGGGACAGCAAUCACAGCAGCCUCAACAAGCACAUGGAUCUUAUUAUCCUCCGCCCCAGAGCAAUGUGUCUGAACUUCCAGCUCAGGAGAACUAUCACCCUCAAGCCCAGGCUCAGCCCCAGCCCCAGACUCAGUCAUCUUACUACCAGCAGCAGCCGACGCAGAGCUCGACUGAUGCCAGUCAGACGCAUGCUCAAGGAUCUUACUACCCGCCACCUCCAUCUCAAGAGUCUCAAUCUGCUACCCGCGGAAUUGGUGAUCAGCAAUAUGAAGGACAGCGCGGCUUCGUUCCUAAGCGCUUUGAGGAGAAGUUCUAUUCCUACGUCAACCCACUUCGGGGACAGCUUGCUGGACAGAUCCACCAGUACCAGGAUCGUCUGACUAACUAUGGUCAACCUGCAAUGCAGAGCCAAGGUCAAAUGUCCUGUCAGAUUGUGCGCAGCUGUGCGAAGUGGAGUAAUGGAAGCCCAUUGGAGCACUCCAUUGCGACUGCCUACGCUGCAGUGAUCAAGAACAGCCAGCACUUCAUCUACAUUGAGAACCAGUUUUUCAUUACCGCAACUGGUGACCACCAGCACCCGGUGAAAAACACGAUUGGAGCUGCAAUUGUGGAACGUAUUCUCCGUGCUGCGCGUGCAGGUGAGAAGUUCAAGAUUAUUGUAGUUAUUCCAUCAGUGCCUUCCUUCGCUGGCGAUCUUCAUGAUGACUCGGCACUCAGUACUCGGGCUAUCAUGGAGUUCCAGUACAACUCCAUCAACCGUGGUGGCAACAGCAUUAUGGAAUUGAUUGCGAAGGAGGGUUUCAACCCGAUGGACUACAUCAGGUUCUACAACCUGCGCAACUAUGACCGGAUCAAUAACGGGAACAUUAUGGCUACUGCUGAGCAGCAGAGCGGAGUUAACUACGGUGAUGCUAGCCAUCAAUAUGAACAACACGCUACCGCACCUGUUCAGCAAGCCCCGCAAGGCCCAACUCGCACCGCUUUUGACCCCACUGCUCCAUUCGAUCAGUACCAGCAGGCUGCUCAACACGCGCCAGCAAACAAGGUGGCCGGUGCUCGUCGUUGGGACAGUGUCAGCUCGUGCUACAUGCUUGGCGGAGAGGAUAUCCGCAACGUGCCAUGGAAUGGCCACCCGGACGCUGAGAUUGAUGCCUUUGUCAGCGAGGAACUCUAUGUGCAUUCUAAGGUUAUGAUCGCCGAUGACCGCGUGGUGAUUUGUGGAUCAGCCAACCUGAACGAUCGUUCCCAGCUUGGUGACCACGACUCUGAAAUUGCCGUCAUCAUCGAGGAUUUCACGCCCCUGCAAUCCACCAUGAAUGGCAAACCCUGGACUGCCAGCCGCUUUGCCUCCUCUCUUCGCCGGGAGCUGAUGCGCAAGCACUUGGGCCUGCUUCCUCCCCAGGACUACCAGAAGCCAGAUUCCAGCUUCGAGCCCGUUGGAGUGCCCAUUCAAUUCGACUUUGAUUGCCCGGAGAGCCGAAUUGUCGCCGAUCCACUCUCCGACGGCAUGCAAAGCCUAUGGAACUCUCGCGCCCGUAACAACACUGAAGUCUUUCGCAAGGUUUUCCACGCUGUCCCUGAUGACAGUGUUCGCAACUGGGCUACUUACAAGGAGUUCUAUGAGUACUACUUCCAUGACGCCGAUAAGGAGGCCGAAGGCAAGGAAGGAUUUUACCGUCCUGCCCGAUUCCAGUGGGGCCACGUUGUUCGGGACGAUUUCCCCCAUGGUCCCGAAGGCGCGAAGCAGGUCAAAGAACUGCUUAGCCAAGUCAAGGGUACUCUGGUGGAGAUGCCUUUGAUGUUCUUGGGCGAGGAGGAUAUUGCAAAGACUGGUCUAACUCUGAACGAGUUGACUGAGCCUAUCUUUACUUGA